AUGGUGUACAUCUCAUACGUUCGACCUCAUCUUACAGCUUUGGUGAAACGAGGAGCUUUAGCUGCUGGUUCAACCAUGUCAAGAUACUCAUCAUCAGAUAUUCAACUUCCGAGACUUCCGGUCCCUCAUCCGAGAAAAACCUUGCAGCAUUUCUUAGAUUUCUCAGUAGCUUUGCAAUCGAAGACUGAAUAUCAGGCAACCGAAUCGAUUGUGAAAAAUUUUAUUGAAAAUGAUUUGCCAAAUCUUCAGCCGCUUCUGGAGAAGCGAGCGCAGGAAAUGCCAAAUUGGUUGUCUCCUUGGUGGCUAAAUGUUGCAUAUUUGGCAGCAAGAACACCACUUCCAGUUGUCACUUCACCAGGUGUUUUGUUCCCAAAAUUUGACUACAAUACGCUUGAUGGACAACUUGAAUAUGCUGCGAAAAUUGCGCAAGCAACAACAAAAUAUCAUCUAUUAGCAAAAAACAACCAGUUGAAGGCGGAUACGGCUGGAGGGGCCCCAUUGGACAUGAGUCAAUAUAAAUUUCUGUUCGGAACCACACGGGUACCCAAAUUUGGUGCGGAUGAAAUUAAAUAUGGAUGUGACUAUAACGAAACCUUAAAACAUAUCAUUGUCAUUCAUAACGGUCAUUAUUUCCGUGUACAGAUUCUUGGUGAUGAUGAGAAACUUCUUUCACUAAACGUGUUGGUGCGGCAAUUCAAAGAGGUAUGCUCGCUAAGUUCGACAGCCAACCCGGAUCCAGUUGGAAUAAUAUCGGCAGAUGGAAGAGACCGAUGGGCGAAAGUCUACACGACUUUGAAAAAAGACCCGAAAAAUGCGAAGAACCUUGAAACAAUUGAGAAAGCGUUGUUCGUAGUCUGUCUUGAUAAGCCGACCGAUCCACCAGCAGGCUAUACGGAGAAAGAUGAACAGAGUCGGCAGGCGCUUCAUGGCGGAGGAAGUAGAGCAAACUCGUUGAACAGAUGGUUUGAUAAAACAAUUCAGUAUACGAUUGGAAGUAACGGUUAUACUGGAAUGACAUAUGAACACACCCCUGCUGAUGGACCACCCGUUGGAGCCUUGAUGGAUUAUGUUUGCGAUGAGAUUAAAGCAAAUUCUUUCGUCGAAAAUGGUGAGGAUAAAAUCGGAAGUGUUGAAAAACUUGAUUUCACAGUUGACGAUGAAAUUAGAAAAACGAUUAAAAAGAGCACAUCCAAUAUGGACAAAAUUGCGCAGGAUCUCGAUAUAACUGCUUUCACCUUCUCAUCGUUUGGAAAGAACUUCCCGAAAAAGUCUAAGGUUUCUCCAGAUUCCUUUAUUCAGAUGGCCUUCCAGUUGGCAUUUUAUAGAAUUCAUUCAUCUUUGGGACCAACAUAUGAAACGGCGACAUUGAGAAAAUUCGUGGAUGGAAGAACCGAGAAUAUCAGAUCACCGAAUACCGCUGCUGCUCGAUUUGUUAAGAUGAUGGUGGCAAAGCCUCCCAAACCAAUUGCUGAUGUCAACGAUGCUCUUAUUAAUGCAUGCAACAGCCACAAAAAAUAUACGGUUGACUGUAUGAAUGCUGCCGGAAUGGAUAGGCAUUUGUUGGCUUGGAAACUUUUAGCCGUCGAGAACAAUCUCCCGACACCUGAGCUUUUUGGAUCAGAGGCUUAUCAACAAAUGAUGCACUUCCAAAUUUCUACUAGUCAAGUACCGACAAAGAAUUUCAUUCAAAUGUGUUUUGGCCCGUCCGCCCUUGAUUGCUACGGAAUUUGCUAUAAUCCCCAGGAGACAGAAUUUCAUUUCAUGAUUUCAACAUUUAAAAGCUAUGGAUCAACGAGUUCAAAGAAAUUUGCAAAAGAGUUAGGACGAGCUUUACUUGAUAUGCGAUCAAUCAUCAAUAAGGCAAAUAAGGAUAUGUCAAAAUUGUAA